AUGUUAGGCACAGGGGGUGAACUCAAAAAUACUAACGCAUUGUUGAAACUGUCACCAUUUUUGGAUAGCAAACAAGUAUUGCGAGUUGGCGGUCGCUUGAAAAACGCUGACCUACCCUACGAAGCGAUACAUCAAAUGCUAUUGCCAUCGAAACAUGCUGUAACAGCAUUAAUAAUAAAAAACGUACACUUGAACUGUUUACAUGGUGCACCCAAGCUAACUGAAGCAGUAUUGCGACAAAAAUUCUGUGUGCUAAAUAGCCAACGCACAAUCAAAGCGAUAAUUCACAAGUGUGUUGAUUGUUUUAAAGCAGCACCAAAAAUAAUGCAUCAAUUUAUGGCUGACUUGCCAGAAAAACGUGUAAAUAUUUCCGAAAAACCAUUCAUUAACACAGCUGUCGAUUAUACUGGCGCGAUUCAAGUCAAAUUGAUGAACGGUCGUGCGUACAAAACAAAGAAGGCAUACAUUGCUAUCUUCGUAUGCAUGUCAACGAAGGCGAUUCAUGUCGAAGUAGUCACGGACAUGACUGCUGAAGCAUUUAUUGCCGCGUAUCGUCGCUUUGUCUCUAGACGUGGUAUAGUGAAAAAUGUUUACAGCGACAACGGUACAAACUUUGUUAAAUCAAAUAAAAUCUUGUGCGAAAAUAUGAAUGAUCUUGAGGACAAAUACGACGAGGCGGUUUGUAAAGAGUUGGCAAAAAGCGGCACGAAAUGGCAUUUCUCGCCUCCGGGGGCUCCUCAUAUGAAUGGGUUAGCAGAAUCAGCUGUUAAAUCCGUCAAAUUACAUUUGAAGCGAACAAUCGCAGAUAACAAACUUACGUUUGAGGAGUUAAGUACUUUAUUGGCGCAAAUUGAGGCAUGUGUUAAUUCACGACCACUUUGCCCACUUUCAUCCGAUCCAAACGAUCUGAUGGUGCUCACGCCGGCUCAUUUUCUCGUUGGCCAAUCCUUAAUCUCACCUCCAGAAGAAUGUCAUAUUGAGGCCAAAGCGACCUGGCUUAACAGAUGGCAAAGGGUCCAACAAUUAAUGCAAUACUUCUGGAAACGCUGGCAGUCCGAAUAUUUGAACCAAUUACAAACAAGAACGAAGUGGUACAAAGAGAAAAAUGCUCCAGAAUUGGAUGAUCUGGUAUUAAUUCGCGAUGAAAAUUUACCACCGACUCAGUGGCAAAUGGGCCGAGUGAUAAAAACACACCCGGGCGAUGACGGAUUGACAAGAGUGGUUUCACUAAAAACUAAUGGUGGAAUCACGAAACGACCACUAGCUAAAUUAUGUGCAUUUCCAAAAUAA